UUUCACCUUUACCCCCCGCGGAUUUUCUCGCCAAUCACAAACCACGCCUCCGCCUCUUUCUUCCUCGUCUCCCCACUCUUCGCCCCGCGACUCGCAGCCUCCCACGCCGCUUCUCUUCUGCGGCCUUGUAGAACCUUCCUUUGGGUUAGGGUUCCGGCUCUGACGGCGGUGAAGAUGUCUACUCAUGCGGGGGCCGUGGCGCGGGAGCAGCGUAGGUGAGGCGUCGUCGCGCGUGCUGGAUUGGAGGAAGAGAGCACGGAUGGAUCCGGACUUCUCGAGGGCCAGCGGAGGCCCGAGCUACGAAUUCGCCUUCAACUCGGUCAACUUCUCCGACCGGGUCCUGCGGAUCGAGAUCGUCGCCGGGGACGACACAGCGGGGGCCAAAGGUGCCACCGGCGAGGGAUGCUCGUCCAUCGCCGACUGGGCACGGCACCGCAAGCGCCGCAGGGAGGAGCUACGGCGAGAGAAAGAAUCUGGAAAGCAUAUGUUGGACCUAACAAACGUCAAAGUCAAAGCAGAAGAACCUGAUACCUAUGAGGAAAUCAACGAGGAGCCUGUAGCUAUGAUUGAAGAAUCUCCACCUGAUAUUGGACAAGAUGGUGAGGAUGGAGGAAGCAGUGACUCAUCCUGGAAUAUGGAGUGUAAUAGUGUUUUAAGAGUAAAAUCUAUUUAUAUCAGCUCUGCAAUUCUAGCUGCAAAAAGUCCUUUUUUUUACAAGCUUUUUUCAAAUGGCAUGAAAGAAUCUGAUCAGAGGCACGCAACCCUUAGAAUAACUGCUUCAGAGGAAAAUGCCCUUAUGGAGCUUUUAAGCUUUAUGUACAGUGGAAAGUUGACGACAAAUCAGCCAACCCUUCUGCUUGACAUCUUGAUGAUUUCUGACAAAUUUGAAGUUGUUUCUUGCAUGAGACACUGCAGUCAGUUGCUAAGAAGCUUGCCUAUGACCACAGAAUCUGCACUUCUCUAUCUUGAUCUGCCUUCCAGCAUUUCAAUGGCUGCAGCAGUUCAGCCACUCACUGAUGCUGCCAAGGAAUUCCUCUCCAACAAGUACAAGGAUUUAACCAAGUUUCAGGAUGAAGCCAUGAACAUCCCCCUUGCUGGGAUCGAAGCCAUUCUGUGGAGUAAUGACCUUCAGGUGGCAUCAGAGGAUGCAAUUUAUGACUUUGUGAUCAAAUGGGCUCGCGCUCAAUACCCAAAAUUGGAGGAAAGGCGUGAAAUCUUGGGUACCCGCUUGCUGCCACUUGUUCGGUUCUGUCAUAUGACCUGCAGGAAGUUGCGGAAGGUCCUUGCAUGCAAUGAUCUGGAUCAUGAGCAAGCAACUAAAAGUGUGACCGAUGCACUUCUGUACAAAGCUGAUGCACCACAUAGACAGCGCACGCUUGCUGCAGAUGUGUUGACCUGUAGGAAAUAUUGUGAACGAGCUUAUAAAUACCGUCCACUUAAGGUGGUGGAGUUUGAUCGACCAUAUCCGCAGUGCAUAGCGUACUUGGAUCUGAAGCGUGAGGAGUGUACACGGCUUUUCCCGUCUGGGCGGAUAUAUUCACAAGCAUUUCAUCUUGCUGGACAGGGAUUCUUCCUCUCAGCACACUGCAACAUGGAUCAGCAAAGCGCUUUCCACUGCUUUGGUCUCUUCUUAGGGAUGCAAGAGAAAGGCUCAACGAGUGUUACCGUGGACUAUGAGUUUGCUGCAAGGACAAGGCCAUCAGGCGAGUUCGUCAGCAAGUACAAAGGCUACUAUACCUUCACCGGUGGAAAGGCAGUUGGUUACCGAAAUCUAUUUGCCAUCCCAUGGCCAUCAUUUAUGGCUGAUGACAGCCUCUUUUUCAUCAAUGGAGUACUGCACCUGAGAGCAGAGUUGACCAUAAAGCAACCCUAGGUAAUGCGUGGUGUGCUACUAACUUCGCAUGUAUGCUUGCUCAUCUCCGAAUUUGUGCAAUGAUGGGGCUUAGGGUUGAAUCUUCUGUUGUUCAAAGCUUGACGAUGUCUUUACUUGAGCACCAAACUGAACAUUUUUUAAACGAGAAGGAAAAUCCCUUUUGUUUUUACAUCAAAA